AUGAAUUCGGCUAAAAGACAGAAAAUGACAACAACCUAUCAUGACUACGACCUGGAAGAGCCAUUAACCUCAAAUGCCAGGCCACUGAAGAAUUCUGUUAUUACAGUUAGAAUAAUAAAGUCUUUUCCGUAUAGAAACGUCAAGAACAUAGUACUGCACGAUUAUGAUCUUGCUGACAAAACUGCAAAGGACCUUUUUAAUGACAUUUUGAACAAAAUUCAGAAUGAUGGUUCAUUGAGACCAUUCCGCAGUGUUAAGUACGAUACUCUAAAGAUAUAUACACACGCACAUGGUUCCAAAACGGUUAAUCUUGUAAUUAAUUUUGAUCACGAUGACGACUGGACCUUAGACACAGAGAAUGACAAGAAGAAGCUGUUUGAGUACGGCAUUGAGAAUGAAACCGAGAUUUCAAUUUUCAACAGAGAUGAUUAUCUAAGGUUUAAAGAAAACCCUGAAGAAAAAUGGUGA